CUCCAAGGAAGGAAGCCAGUUCUUUCCGAGACCAACAAAGGGACUCCGGCUGGCCUGCAGAGGGCGCUGGAAUAUCAGCUUGGAGGCUGUGCUUCUGGAAGAACCUCAGGGCUCCCUCCCUUUUUCUAACCUGUGUCCUCAGAGAACAUGUUAGUUGUGCUGUUUGACAAGCUGGGAAGACCAGAAAACCUUUAGCUAAAGGAGGUGGCCAAGCCGAGCCCAGGAGAGGAUGAAGUCCUCCCCAUAGUGGCUAAAUGGCACAGGGCCCUGCCAGUAACUCAUCUGGAUAUGUGUGCAGAGCCAGUGUCGGGAGUUCUGAGAGUUGACCUUUAUUUGGGAAAAAGGGGGUCAAGAAUGGUGACACACAGAUUUCUGAUCAUGCUCACCACUUGUGUGCUCCUCUCUCUGCAGAGAAAAGGCCAGUACACCCCACCUCCAGCAGCCAGCAGCAUUUUGGGACUUGAGGCAUCUGAACAUGUGGCCAAACUGGGUCCUGGAUGUCAGGGGCACUGGAAGCCUGGAGAUUCAGCCAUGGCUGUGCUGCCUGGUGGGGGCCAGGCUCAGUAUGCCACUGUUCCCAAAGGACUCCUCAUGCCCAUCCCGGUGGGACUGUCCCUGUUUCAGGCUGCAGCCAUCCCGGAGGCCUGGCUCACCACCUUCCAGCUGUUAUAUCUUCUGGGAAAUGUUCAGGCCAGACAGUUUGUGCUAAUCCAUGUGGGGUCAAGUGGUGUGGGCACAGCUGCCAUCCAACUCACCCAGAUGGCUGGAGCUAUUCUUCUGGUCAUGGCUGGCUCACAGCACAAGCUUCGAAUGGCAGAAAAGCUUGGAGCAGCUGCUGGAUUCGAUUACAAAGAAGAGGACUUUUGUGAAGCAACACUGAAAUUCACCAAAGGUGCUGGAGCCAACCUUAUUCUAGACUGUGUAGGCGGAUCUCACUGGGAGAAGAAUGUCAACUGCCUGGCUGUUGAUGGUCUCCAUGGUCUGAUGCGAGUAGCUAACAUCAAUGGGCCUCUGUUAUCCAAGCUACUUUUUAAAGGAGGAAGCCUAAUCACCAGUCUGCUAAAAUAUAGACAAAUAGAUCAAAAAUAUAAGCAAAUGCUGGUGAAGGCUUCCACGGAACGAGCUCUGCCUCACUUCUCCAGGAAGGACCCCCAACGUCUAUUGCCACUUCUGGAUAGAGUCUACCUGUUGAUGGAAAUCCAAGAGGCCCAUGUGUACACGGAGACUGACAAGAACAUGGGCAAAAUCGUCAUGAAGCUGCCCCAGUGAAGGCACAGGGUACAGGACACUCCACCCUAGGCCUUCUCAGAGUAAACUUGGAGAAAAUUCACAGGCAAGAGUUCGGGUGCUAUUCCCAGACCCACCCUAAAACACUGCCCCUUCUCGACCUUUUCAACUGACCCAUGUUAAGCUGGCGUUAAGAAACAAAGAGGGUGGAGUUGAAGUGUGGUGUGCUCACUGGCGACCCCAGCUCGCAAACUAGCGCUGACUGGCCGGGUGAGAUGGGAGCUGGGAUGACUGACAGGGGGAUUACAGGAAGAGGCCACAGAGGUGUGGUGGGGGGGGGAGACGCAGAGAGGGCACUUGCCCCCAGACGCAAGUCCAAGAGGGCAUCAGACAAGGCACCCCUGGGCGCUACAAACAUGAAGGCGCCUGAGACAGCCGGACAAAGGACCGGGAAAAGCGUUUCCGCUGACGCAUCGUCGCU